AUGAGCCAUGCCUGCCUGCACAGGAUGUUGGAAGGGGUGGCACCUGUGUGUGUCACUCAAAACAAGGGGACGGGCUCAGGUUCUCCCCUUGUCAAGACUCAUCAUUUGCUAGCGGGGAUCCUCAGCUCUCUCUCUGGAGAUGGAGAGCUAGGGCCUCAGGGGUGCACACCAGAGCUGGUCCUUGAGGAGGGAGUGAGUGUUGCUCUAGUCAGCACUACUCAGAUUCAAGAGUGUGAAGGCUUUGAUUUCACCAAGAUUCACUUUACGGGAAGACAGGUGAGAAAAGGGUAUUCAAUGAGGUUCAAAGUUCAUAACCUAAGCCUCUCCCAGCUUCCCACAGCCUGA